AAGAGACAAGAAAUUGACAGAUUACCCGCUGUCAAAAGAGACGGGGAAGAAGAGGAACGACCAAAAUGCACCAAUCGGAACCUACGGCACUAGGCUUCGUUAGUCGUCGGAAAGCGAAAGACACAACAACGAUGUCCAAUGGGAUCGGUUAGAACCGCAGUGAAAAAGAUGAAAGCAUGGGAUGGCAUAAAACGUUGCCUUAAAUGAAAUCUACGGCAUUGAUGAUGCAGCGGGCUUCGAACGGUGUCGGAGAGCGGCAAACACGACGGUGGCGUCGACCGGAAUGGGUUGGAAGGAAGGCCGACAGGAAUUGGUUUGGACGAGGAACGGGGAACGACGGCUUAGGGAAGAAAUGUUUUUUUUUUUUUUAGCUUUAGUGAAUUUAUUUGAUUACCUAUAACCGGUAAAUCCCGGUUUUGCUUUUAUUUUAGGCUUUAUCCUCUCUUUUUUUCAAUCUAAAGCCUCCUGCUUUUUGAAGCUUAUGGUAAGCUUUUUUUAGCUUUCUGUAGAAUUUCCCCAUUAUAUCACCUUUUCGUUUUAUGUUCUUUAAAAGCAGAGAGCCAAAGAGAGAAAGAAGGAUCUGAGAAGGGAAAACAUAGAGAAAAAAGCUUUAAAACAAUGGCGGAUUACCAUUUCGUUUACAAAGACGUGGAAGGUGCUUCCACUCAAUGGGACGAUAUUCAAAGAAAGCUUGGUAAUUUACCCCCAAAGCCACCCGCUUUGAAGCCUCCUCCUUUCGAACCCGCACCCGACCCGGAUUCUGCCCCAAAGGACAAGUCUUGGGUCGAUGCCAAGACUGAAGAUGAACUUGAUGAACUCGAAGAUGAUCUCGAUGAUGAUCGCUUCCUUGAAGAAUACAGAAAGAAGAGGCUAGCUGAGAUGAAGGAAGCAGCUAAGGUUUCAAAAUACGGAUCGGUGAUGCAGAUUUCAGGAUCUGAUUUCGUGCGCGAGGUUUCACAAGCUCCUCAAGAUGUCUGGGUGGUUGUCUUUCUCUACAAAGAAGGAUCCCCAGAGUGUGGGCUGCUUCUGCGGUGUUUGGAUGAAUUGGCAAUUAAAUACCCUGCAACGAAGUUUGUCAAGAUAAUAUCUACCGAAUGCAUUCCUAACUAUCCAGAUCAUAAUCUUCCGACUCUCUUGGUGUAUCACAACGGAGCAGUGAAAGCAAAUUAUGUUAGCUUGCAUAGUUUUGGCCGGAGAUGCACACCUGAAGGUGUGGCCUUAGUUCUGUGUAAAUCAGAUCCUGUAUUAAAUGAUGGUCAAAGUGGGAGUGAGCAAGCUGUUCUUGAAGGAAUUCGGAGGCAGUUUAUCGAGAAAGUUGUGACGGAGCAUGAAGAUGACGAUGAGGGAGGAUCUUCAAGUGAUUAGAUGUUCCUACAUUCAUUCAGGUUCUGUUGGGUUUGGGAAAGACAACUCUAUUGCUUCUUCUUUUGAAGUUUUCUUUGGUGAUAUAGUAUUAUUAUAACUCUCUACUAUGGUUUGACAUCCAUUGAUGGAAUUUUGUGUUAUCACUUUUACCUUUGGGGCUCACUAAUCUUGAUGUAUAUUAAUGGAGCGAGUAAAAUAUUAUGUUUCGAUGUAUAA